CCUGUAGCAGAUCAGUAGCAGCUCUUCCGCUUCUCUGUGAAGGUCGUGAGUUAAACCUGGAAUCCAUCAUGUCUCUGCCAAAGCCUGUGAUGAGAGGGAUGCUGGCCAAGCGCCUGAGGAUUCACAUCCCCGCUGCUUUCAUCGUCUCCUUGGGUCUCGCUCUCUCGUACAAGUACCUGGUGACAGAGCCCAGGAAACAGGCCUACGCUGACUUCUACAAGACGUACGACGCCGCAAAAGACUUCAAAGGCAUGAGGGAAGCCGGCAUCUUCGAGAGCGUGCGGCCCACUGGGGAGUAAACCACAUUUUCUUCCCCGUCAUUCAUUCCCUCUCUGAAGACGUCGUUAUUUCUCGCCCCCUUUGGAUGUAAUUAACUGAGCAGAUGAGAACUUCGCUAUGCUGUUAUGUUCCUCUGAAAUAAACUAUUCUAUUAAUGUGA